UGACGCACCCGGAAGUAACGUGUUAAUGAAGAGAGGUCACUUUGAUUCAGUUUUGUAAUGUUUUGAUUCAGCAACACUGCUGAUAAUUAUGGAAGCAACCAAAGCAGAGGAGCCUUUCCUGAGGCAUGUGGAGACGGAUGUACUCAUCCCCAAGAUGAUGAGGGAGAAAGCCAAGGAGCUCUGUGCUGAAAAGGUUACAGCGUUCAACCACUGCUGUAAAGAGACUGGCUUCCUGAUGGUGUUCAAGUGUCGUGAUGAGAACGCUGCCCUGAAGGAGUGUCUCACCGUACAGUGAGUCAACUAACUCACACCUCAUG